UGUUCAUUCCGUGCGACAAGUUGCAGCAGCAAGAACCUUCUGGUAGGAUUGUAGGAUCUGUCCUGUUUCUCCGGUUGAAACCAUGGGCAAUCCUGAAGAGGACGAACAGCCUCGGCCAUCAGACAUCACUGUUUUCGGGGCCAACUGCACCCUUCAUGGACUCAGCCACAUAUUCCUGCCCGGUGGAGUCACCUUCCGGCGUUUGCUCUGGGCAUCUGCAUUCAUCAGCUCGCUCUCCAUCUUCCUCUAUCAGGUAGCUGGAGCAGUCAUGGAGUAUUACCGCUAUCCUCAUGUCACCAUCCUGGACGAGAUGGACAGCCCAGUCAUGUAUUUCCCAGCCAUCACCCUUUGCAACUACAACAGUUUCCGGCGCUCCAAGAUGCAGCGGAAUGACCUUUUCUGGAUGGCUGGGCUUCUCGGUGUGGAACAGAGCGACUUUGAUGACUUCAUGGCUGCCCUGGGGCAACCGGUGGAUGAGGGCAAGUUUUUUCCCAGCAAGACGUUUAACAUGCUGGAGUUUGUGCAGAGGACAAGCCACAAUAUCGACGAGAUGCUCCUGGACUGCAAGUACCGGGGCAAAGACUGUGGACCAGAGAACUUCACUACAAUUUAUACAAGAUAUGGCAAGUGUUACACCUUCAACUCGGGCCUGGAUGGGAACCCCUUGCUGACGACGUUAAAAGGCGGCACAGGAAACGGGCUCGAGAUAAUGCUGGAUAUUCAGCAAGACGAAUACCUGCCAGUGUGGGGGGACACAGACGAAACAUCGUAUGAAGCAGGCAUCAAAGUCCAGAUCCACAGCCAGAAUGAACCGCCCUUCAUAGACCAGCUGGGAUUUGGUGUGGCCCCUGGUUUUCAAACUUUUGUGUCUUGUCAGCAGCAACUGCUUCAGUAUCUUCCACCGCCCUGGGGCGACUGCAAAUCCACUCCCAUGGAAUCAGAGUUCUUCUCCACCUACAGCAUAACAGCGUGUCGUAUCGACUGCGAAACCCGGUAUCUGCUGGAGAACUGUAACUGCAGGAUGGUACACAUGCCAGGCACCUCCACUGUAUGCACCCCAGAACAGUAUAAGGACUGUGCAGACCCUGCCUUGGAUUUUCUUGUUGAAAAAGACAAUGACUACUGUGUGUGCCAGACACCUUGCAACAUGACUCGGUAUGGCAAGGAGCUUUCCAUGGUGAAAAUACCCAGCAAAGCGUCUGCCAAAUACCUGGCCAAGAAGUUCAACAAAUCCGAGCAGUACAUUGGAGAAAACAUAUUAGUCCUGGAUAUCUUUUUUGAGGCCCUGAAUUAUGAAAAGAUUGAGCAGAAGAAGGCAUAUGAAGUGGCUGGUCUACUUGGUGACAUUGGUGGGCAGAUGGGGCUGUUUAUAGGAGCUAGCGUCCUGACAAUACUGGAAAUAUUUGAUUAUUUGUAUGAGGUAUUCAAGGAUAAAGUAUUGGGCUACUUUCUACGUAAAGGACGGCCACGUCGGAGUGCAAGUGAUAAUCUGGACUACUCUGAGAACCCCACCAGCCCUGGUGUCACGCCUAAUCAUACCCCCAGAGCACAUGCGACACGCUCCGGAGUCACUCGGACAGCCUCGGAUUCGCGCCGAACGUGCUACCUAGUCACCCGUCUCUAGGCAACUUCGAGGAGUUCGCUUGUUGACGACGCAGGCGGGUUCGAGGACAAUUAGCGGUCUGACAGCAAACUGUGAUUCUGACUUGUAUACAUGUACAUAUCUAUCACACACAGUACGAAACAGUACAGUACAGUGUGACGACUAGUUCAAAUUGGUCAACGAAUAAAUCAAUUCCUGAAUAGAAUCCGAUAUCACCGUAAAAAGUACAAGUAGGCAACACGUCCCCAAACAAUACUCAGGUUUAUAUUAGUAUAACGCAGUAUCAACAGCACCUACUGUUUGUUCCAUGUUGUGAAAAUGAUAGCGCUAUGUCAGAGACACUGAAUGAUUGUGAACUGUGCAUUGGGUUAUUAAGGCUGCUAGGGAAAGUGUAUUAAUCAAGGCACACCACUGCACAAAAUGAGCGUGAACAGACAGUCAUUUCUUUUUGUUAAACACUAGGCUUGUGCUGAUAUAAUACAAUAUACAGAUAUUCAACUCAGUGGACCCAAUCGUCCUUGCUAGCUAGCAUAUGUUUGCAUUCUUCAGUCGUGGCAUCUUUCGAUCCUUCUUACUGUUUCCAGGUCCAAGCUUCUACCGUGUCAGCUGAUUCUCUCGUAUCUCGUCCCUUGAGCGUGAUUUUCCGGUAUCACUGCUGCAAACUGUAAGCGAAUUUUAGCAGAAUUUGAUGAACAUCGUCUUCAUCUAAAACACACGAUCUAAACCACAUAGUCAUUCGUACCAAGCAACAGUAUCAGCAUCAGUUGCAAAUGAAUAAUAAUAAUAACCUUGUCUUGUCUAUGGGGUCAUACAGUCAGAACUCAGACACCCUCCAGGCUGCAGUUUUGUCCAUUUUUGUGUCCAGUAAAGCUGAUAAAUAUGACGCAACUUGUCUUUGCACACUCACAGGUGCUGUACCUUACUGACUGACCCUUAACUCACACCAAUAUUGGAAACAACUGAACUCUUACCCUAACAUUUCUAAAAGGCAUUGCCAAAGAAGCUAGCCGGAUAUCUAAAUUAGCCUAACUUCAGUAUUCUUCCCCAAUCUGGUUGGUACAUACUGUUUUACAUCCAAAGUUAUAGAAGUGCUUUAGGUUUUUGUUUGUUUGUUUGUUUGCUUUUAAAUACCUCAGCAAGAACAUUUUGGAAGUCAGUGUUUGGGAUCUGAAGGAGGGACUGGACUCGGAAACAGGUGACAAGCAGAUAGAAAACUCACAGGUGAACUUGUAUGGAGGACACUCUGUGUAAACUUUACCAAAAUAAAGAAGAGCAAACGUUUAAUUGUUGAUAAAAUGAUGUACACUAUAUUGCCAAAAGUUUUGGGACACCCCUCCAAACCAUUGAGUUCAGGUGUUGAGCUCGGCCCCUUAGUUCCAGUGAAAGGAACCCUUAAUGCUUCAGCUUCAUACCAAGGCAUUUUGGGCAAUUUCAUGCUCCCAACUUUGUGGGAACAGUUUGGCAAUGACCGCUUCCUGUUCCAACAUGACUUCACACCAGUGACCAAAGCAAGGUCCAUAAAGACAUGGAUGAGUGAGUUUGGUGAAGCAUUAAGAGUUCCUUUCACUGAAACUAAGGGGCCAAGCCCAACCCCUGAAUUCAAUGAUUUGGAGGGGUGUCCCAAAACUUUUGCCAAUAUAGAGUAUGUUUCUGGAAGGAGUCUAGAGUAUAACAUUCAAAGGUAACAUAACGUUUAAACAUUUGGCGGAUUUACACCAGUUGCUGAUGCAUCAGCUAAAGAGAAUAAGUUUGUAAAAACUAUACUACUGGAUAUUUCUUAAGUGAUGUUCUUAAUAUUUGGUGUCCCAGUUCGUGGAAUGUGGAUUUGAACCAAAAAUCAUUUACGAAGCUUACGUUCUUUUUAGUUUAGACUCACAUCUUUCAAAAUGGUGGACGCAGUAACGUUAAAGCUAGCAAAGGUAACUAAAAAGGAACAUGGUUUUUUUUGUUUGUUUGAUACAUGCAACACUGUGUUCUAUCAGCUUAUCUUAAAAUAUCAACACAAGCCUAGUCAACGUGAAACGAGUCAACGAUGUAUGUGUAGUCAAACUUAUUUCUCUGAAUGCAGUUGAACAAUGUUUGUCUGUUUACAUUACAUGUAUAUAUAUAUAAGUGCAAUAAUCUGCAUCACGUGUUAUAGAAUAACCAAUGUAAUACCCUCAAGGCUUAACUGUUAGUCUAAAGGAAAGAUUAGAGAUUCAGGUUCUGUGUUGAAGUCUCCGAGGAGCAUUUUACUUUUGAUAUGCAUCGUAUUUCUAAUCGUUUCUAUUGUAUAAUUCUGGAAUUCUACGGAAGGAAACGUGGGAAGGAUUCAGGUUUCAGCACAUCCCAUUCUCGCCAAACGAGUCAAAUCAAGUUCAUCAGGUGGCCUGGUUUGUGUGAGGAAACGAGAGGCGUACACAACCUAGAUGAAGAGGAAGCUCAUAUCUUUAUAAAUAAUGCGGAAUUCCUUCAGGACAGCUUUAACCCUACUCAUAACCCCCUUGGAGUCUCUCACCGAACGCUGCUCGUACAUCAAGCCUCAACUGUCCACGAGCAUAUACAGUACCUUGUGGUUUAAAAAAAAAAAAAAACUAGAUUUCCCAAAGGCGUCUUCCUUUCUUUCUUUGCUUGCAUGCACAUAUUUCCCGCGUAUGAAAGAUUUAUCCGAUGAUGUGUCAUAUUCUGCGAGCGAAGACCGAGGGAUAUUAUCACAGUGAAAAACACACACACGCCAUCUUUUUCUUUAAACUUCGCUUCUGCAUCCAGCUAAUAGUGCCGUUUUAUAGAACAGGAUUUCUAGCACAUAUAUCCACAUUUUAAGUCAAUUGUGAAGUGUAAAUGAAUCUAUAUAAUAAACAUAUUUAACCUUCUCUUAA